CUCUUAUUUUAUGCCCUCAUAACUCAAACCCUAAAACCCAACUCGGUUUCUUUCUUCUCCCCAAGCCGAACCCGUCUGGACUUCCAGUAAAAGGUGUCUGUUGAGAUUGCUCAAAUGACUUCCGGUUUGCAACCAGUUCCAAUCACGCCCCAAAAACAUGACCCCGCGUGGAAGCACUGUCAAAUGUUUAAGAAUGGGGAUAGAGUGCAGCUCAAAUGUUUAUACUGUCACAAGCUUUUUAAGGGUGGUGGGAUUCAUAGAAUAAAAGAACAUCUUGCUGGGCAUAAAGGUAAUGCUUCUACUUGCCACAGCGUUCCCCCUGAGGUUCAGAAUAUAAUGCAAGAGAGUUUAGAUGGGGUUAUGAUGAAGAAGAGGAAGAGACAGAAGCUUGAUGAAGAGAUGACUAAUGUGAAUGCGAUGACUGGUGAGGUAGAUGCAAUUCCCAAUCAUAUGGAAAUUGAUUCUAGUAUUCAUUUGAUUGAAGUUUCUGAGCCAGUUGAAGCUCCAGGUUUGCUAUUAAGUCAUGAGGAAGGAGCGAGUAAUAAACUGGGGAGGAAAAGGGGUAGCAAAGGUAAGAGUUCUUGUGUGGAAAGAGACAUGAUUGUUAUUCCAAAUGGUGGUGGCAUAUUAGAUUCUAAUAAGGUCAACAAUCAAGUGCAUAUGGCAGUUGGGCGAUUUUUGUUUGACAUUGGGGCAUCUCUAGAUGCAGUAAACUCAGCCUAUUUCCAGCCAAUGAUAGAAUCCAUUGUUUCAGCAGGUACAGGGAUUAUUCCACCCUCGUACCAUGAUAUUCGGGGUUGGAUAUUGAAGAAUUCAGUGGAAGAAGUGAGGAGUGAUUUCGAUAGAUUCAAAGCAACAUGGGGAAGGACCGGUUGUUCUGUCAUGGUUGAUCAGUGGCGUACUGAAACAUGUCGAACCAUGCUGAUUUUCUUGGUGUAUUCCCCUGAGGGAACAGUAUUUUUGGAAUCUGUGGAUGCGUCUGGAAUUAUGGAUUCCCCAGAUAUGCUUUAUGAAUUACUCAAAAAAGUGGUUGAACAAGUAGGGGUGAAACAUGUACUGCAGGUGAUUACUAGGAGUGAAGAAAAUUAUGCUAUUGCCGGUAAAAAGCUUUCUGAUACAUAUCCAACCCUCUAUUGGACCCCAUGCGCCGCUAGUUGUGUGGAUAUGAUACUUGGGGAUUUUGGAAACAUUGAGAGUGUAAAUACCGUUCUUGAACAAGCUAGAUCAAUUACAAGGUUUGUCUAUAACAAUAGUAUGGUUUUAAACAUUGUGAGAAGGUAUACCUAUGGCAAUGAUAUCUUAGAACCUUGUGCCACAAAAUCUGCCACAAACUUUGCCACAUUGAAUCGGAUGGUCAAUCUGAAACGAUGUCUGCAGACUGUGGUUACUUCUCAAGAGUGGAUGGACAGCCCAUAUUCAAAGAGGCCAGGGGGACUAGAAAUGUUGGAUUUAAUCAGCAGUGAAUCAUUUUGGUCCUCAUGCAGUUCAAUUGUUCGUUUGACAAAUCCUCUCUUAAGGGUUUUGAGAAUAGUGGGUAGUGGUAAGAGACCUGCGAUGGGAUACGUUUAUGCAGCAAUAUAUAAUGCUAAGCUAGCAAUUAAGACAGAGCUUGUUGAUAGAGAGCGUUACAUGGUCUACUGGAACAUUAUAGAUCAGAGAUGGGAGCAACAUUGGAAUCAUCCUCUUCAUGCUGCUGGAUUCUACCUGAACCCCAAGUUCUUUUAUAGCGUUGAAGGAGAUAUGCAUAGUGAGAUCCUAUCGGGAAUGUUUGAUUGCAUAGAAAGACUGGUUUCUGAUACAAAAAUUCAAGACAAAAUAAUAAAAGAAAUAAACUUGUACAAGAACGCUGUUGGAGAUUUGGGAAGAAAGAUGGCUAUAAGAGCAAGAGAGACACUGCUUCCAGCUGAGUGGUGGUCAACAUAUGGAGCAGGCUGCCCAAAUUUAGCUCGCUUGGCCAUUAGAAUUCUUAGUCAAACCUGCUCCGCGGAGGGGUUUAAGAAAAAUCAAAUCCUUUUUGAUAAAUUACAUGAGACAAGGAAUCACAUUGAACAUCAACGCCUUAGUGAUCUUGUAUUUGUGCGCUUCAACUUGCAACUUGAACAAAUGGUCGCUAAAGCCAAUGAACAGUGUCCAGUUGACCCCCUUUCCUUUGAUGGGCUCGGUAUUCUUGACGACUGGAUUUGGAGAAAGGAUUUAUGCGCAGAGGACUGUGGAAAUCUGGAAUGGACAGUACUUGAUAAUCCUCCCUCUGAUUCCAAUAUGCCUUUACCCCUGAAUGAAGACUAUGAUAGCUUGCUUGCAGGGUUCGAUGACUUGGAGGUUUUUAGGAGACAAAAGGAGAGUGAAGAUGAUAAUACUUCAUAGUACCUAGCCAAUAAUGGCUUCAAGAUAACACCAUUUCCGUUGGUGGAUAUUUAACUUUUGUCUAUCGUGCAGGAAGGAAUGGCGAGAUGGUAUGAUUUAGUCGAGCUCUUCUAGAGCCAGAUUGAAUGUUGUAUGCCUCGUAGUAUAGUAGGUCACUAGGUCACUGUAUCUUAUAGCUAAGCAGGUAGUUUUGUAGAUUACAAGGCUUUUAUGUAACUUGUGAUUUAGAUUAUUCAAAUUGAAGCUGUGUAUGCAAAUGAUGGAGAGACCUUUCAGUUAAAUGAAUGAUAUUUCUGUUGAGCUUUCCAUGCUGAAAA